CCUGCGCGAGGCGGGCCUUCCUUUCCUCUCCUACGUGCCUGGCCAAGGUGCCUGGGGAAGCGCGAGGUGGGCGCGAAAGGCAGGAUGAUGGGGGGCAAGAGCAGCGCUAUCGCCGCUGGCGUCUGCGGCGCCCUUUUCAUCGGCUAUUGUAUCUAUUUCGACCGCAAAAGGAGGAGCGAUCCCAACUUCAAGAACCGGUUGCGGGAACGAAGAAAGAAACAGAAGCUUGCCAAAGAAAGAGCAGGAUUUUCUAAGUUGCCUGAUCUAAAAGAUGCUGAAGCAGUUCAAAAAUUCUUUCUUGAAGAGAUACAGUUGGGAGAGGAACUUCUGGCACAAGGAGAAUAUGAAAAAGGUGUUGAUCACUUAACAAAUGCCAUUGCUGUCUGUGGACAACCUCAGCAAUUACUACAAGUUCUCCAACAGACUCUUCCACCACCAGUUUUCCAAAUGCUUCUUACUAAACUUCCUUCAAUUAGUCAGAGAAUUGUAAGUGCGCAAUGCUUGGCUGAAGAUGAUGUGGAAUGAGAAAUCUGUCAGGAAUGCGGCUUCCUUAGUCAAAAGAUGAGCAUCCAGGGGUAGGGGGGAGUAAAAGAAUGAGCAUAAUAGUCAUAAUGGACUAUGUACCACAUUUAAGCCUACCAAAGGUAAUUUUAACUCUUGAGUAGGUUGGUUUGGCUGGACUUAUUUAUUAACUAGUGUAUUUUGAUAAACUCAUUUUAUAAAUGCAUCAUAUUGAGUUAUAAAAAUAUCAUUAACGUCAAUGCAAAUACAGUUGUACAUACACAGAUUGCAAAGUUAAAACAUGCACACCCCAUGCUCAUUUUUGGAAAACACAAAGCUAAGGCAUUAAAGAUGUACCUGGUA